GGGAGCCCGGGCUUGAGGCCGCAGGGAAGGGCGGGGCCUCGGGCCCGGGGCGAGGUCUUAAGGAGAGAGGGAGGGAGGGGCGGUGGCGGCGUCAUCAUGGCGGACGCGGCUUUGGACGCUGUGCGAAGGGAGUUACGGGAGUUCCCGGCUGCGGCAAGGGAGCUCAGCGUGCCUCCUGCUGUGCCCUACCUGGACAAGCCCCCGGGUCCACUCCACUUCUACCGUGACUGGGUCUGCCCCAACAGGCCCUGCAUCAUCCGAAAUGCCCUGCAGCACUGGCCAGCCCUCCAGAAGUGGUCCCUCCCCUACCUCAGAGCCACGGCGGGCUCCGCGGAGGUGAGUGUGGCGGUGACCCCAGAUGGUUACGCGGAUGCCGUGCGAGGGGACCGGUUUGUGAUGCCUGCCGAGCGCCGCCUGCCCCUGAGCUGUGUGCUGGACGUGCUGGAGGGCCGAGCACAACACCCCGGGGUCCUCUACGUGCAGAAGCAGUGCUCCAACCUCCUCACCGAGCUGCCCCAGCUGUUGCCUGAUCUGGAGCCCCACGUGCCCUGGGCCUCUGAGGCGCUGGGAAAGAUGCCUGAUGCUGUGAACUUCUGGCUGGGGGAGGCAGCUGCAGUGACAUCAUUGCAUAAGGACCACUAUGAGAACCUCUACUGUGUGGUCUCGGGAGAGAAACACUUCCUGCUGCAUCCACCCAGCGACCGGCCCUUCAUCCCCUAUGAGCUGUACACACCGGCAACCUACCAGCUAACCAAAGAGGGCUCAUUCAAGAUGGUGGAUGAAGAGGCCAUGGAGAAGGUGCCUUGGAUCCCACUGGACCCCUUGGCUCCAGAUCUGGCCGAGUACCCCAGUUACAGUCAGGCCCAGGCCCUUCACUGCACCGUGCAGACUGGCGAGAUGCUCUAUCUGCCCGCCCUGUGGUUCCACCACGUCCAGCAGUCCCAUGGCUGCAUGGCCGUGAAUUUCUGGUACGACAUGGAGUAUGACCUCAAGUACAGUUACUUCCAGCUGCUUGACUCCCUCACUAAGGCCUCAGGCCUCAACUGACCGAGCCCUGGUGAACAUCGCCAAGGACGACUUACGGAAAAGGCCGUGCCCCUCCUGAGCCAGUCACCUCGAGAGGCAAUCUGGAGUCAGAGGUUCUGGCUGCUGGCCCAGCUGGGCUUAGGGUCAGCUUCAGAGGAUCGGGAGGACCAGGAGGCGCCAGGCAGGUCUGGGUGUGGUCUCCCAGGCAGCUGGCGCACAGAUAACGAUCGUUCCUACUUCAUGGCGUGUUGGGGCUGGUAUCUGUAAGGAUGGCACUGGUCUGGCGCAGAGGAAGCGUUCAAUAAAAGGCGGCUAUGAUUCACGUGCUGCCCGCCAUUCCUUCCUCCCAAGGACUCUCUGCCUCAUGGCUCUGAAAUGGGCUCUAGGCAGAGCUCCCUGGCACCAUGGAUUUGGGCCCUGAGAACUCAGGCUCCCAGCUGCCGUCCUGGGGCCCCAGAGGAAGUGGCCGCUCCUGUGUUCUUUCUCAGUUGCUUAGGGCAUGAUGGGCAAAGGUGCCUGGGACCUGCUUGCUCACCAUUCAUGUCCUGCAGGCCCGUGACCUGCCCUCCAAGGACCUAUUGACCCCCUCUGACUGCUACGUGACUCUGUGGCUGCCCUCGGCCUCCAGCCACCAGCUCCAGACGCGCGUGGUCAAGAACAGCAGAAACCCCAUCUGGAAUCAGAGC